UUUGGGUUGUUGGUGGAUAUGAACGGAGGAGGCUCGAUAAACUCCUCUUCUGCCUCCAUUUUUAUAUAAUUUGUCAACAUUUUUGUUAACAAUUAAACCAAAACGACAUUGAAGAUGUCGGAAACGGGGAACAGACUACGGAAGCUUCUCGAAUCGCCAAAUUUCGACCCCCAGAAUUACGUGAAGCAGCUGUCCCAGCAGUCCGAUGGCGACAGAGAUUUGCAGGAACACCGUCAAAAAAUCCAAAACCUGGCCGAUGAAACGGCUCAAAACCUGAAGAAAAACGUCUAUAAGAACUACAGACAGUUUAUAGAGACUGCUAAAGAGAUUUCGUACCUGGAGAGUGAGAUGUACCAGCUGAGUCACAUCCUCACGGAGCAGAAGAGCAUCAUGGAGAGCAUCACUCAGGCCUUGCUGUCCACGGAUAAGGACGAGACCUCUAAAGAGAUGCAGGCUGCUUUCCCUAAAGAAACAGAGGAGGUGAAGCAGAGGACGCUCACAUCACUGCUGGAGAAAGUGGAGGGAGGUAAAAACAUCAUGGACACCCCAGGGAGGCACCUGGUCUACAAUGGUGACCUGGUGGAGUUUGAUGUUGAUAACAUGUCCCAGAUCCAGAAGGUACACGCUUUCCUCAUGAACGACUGCCUGUUAAUCUCAACCUGGCUGCCAAACCGCAGAGGAGCGGUGAAAUAUAAAUACAAUGCUCUGUACGACCUGGAGAGCUUUGCUGUGGUCAACGUCAAGGACAACCCACCCAUGAAGGACAUGUUCAAGAUCCUUAUGUUCCCAGACAGCCGCAUCUUUCAAGCGGAGAACAGCAAAAUCAAGAAGGAGUGGCUGGAGAUCCUGGAUGAGACAAAGAAGAACAAAGUCUCCAAAGACAGACAUAAGAAAGAAGAAGAGGUCCCUACGUCUCCAGUCAGGGCGGAGGUGUCCACCAACCCUUUUGACAUGGACGAUGAUGAGCCAGCAGACGCUGAAGAAAAUGUAGACCUGAGCCUGGAGUGGAUCCAGGAGUUGCCAGAGGAUCUGGAUGUCUGCAUCGCUCAGAGAGAUUUUGAAGGUGCUGUGGAUCUGCUGGACAAGUUGAACGAGUACCUCAAAGACCAGCCGGUCACGCCGAGGGUCAAAGAGCUGAGGGCCAAAGUGGACGAGCGCGUGAGACAGCUAACGGAGGUGCUGGUGUUCGAGUUGUCGCCUGAUCGGUCUCUUCGUGGAGGACCAAAAGCCACAAGGAGGGCCGUGUCCCAGCUCAUCAGACUAGGCCAGUCCACCAAAGCCUGUGAGUUAUUCCUGAAGAACCGAGCCGCUGCGGUCCAAACGGCCAUACGGCAGCUUCGUAUAGAGGGAGCCACGCUGCUCUACAUCCACAAACUCUGCAACAUCUUCUUCACCAGCCUGCUGGAGACUGCCAAGGAGUUUGAGAUGGACUUUGCAGGAAACACAGGCUGCUACUCUGCCUUCGUAGUCUGGUCACGAUCAGCCAUGAGGAUGUUUGUGGACGCCUUCAGCAAGCAGGUGUUUGACAGUAAGGAGAGUCUGUCCACAGCAGCAGAGUGUGUUAAAGUAGCCAAGGAGCAUUGUCAGCAGCUGACAGAGAUCGGCCUGGACCUGACCUUCACUCUGCAGUCGCUGCUGGUCAAGGACAUCAAGGCGGCUUUGCUCAGCUACAAAGACAUCAUCAUGGAGGCAACGAAGCACCGAAACUCUGAGGAGAUGUGGAGAAGGAUGAACCUCAUGACCCCUGAGGCUCUGGCUAAACUUAAGGAUGAAAUGCGCAGCUGUGGCAUGGGCAGCUUCGAGCAGUACACUGGCGAAGACUGCUGGGUCAAUCUGAGCUACACCAUCGUGGCGUUCACCAAGCAGAUGAUGAGCUUCCUGGAGGAAGGCCUGAAGCUCUACUUCCCCGAGCUGCACAUGGUGCUGCUGGAGAGCCUGAGGGAGAUCAUCCUGGUGGCUGUUCAGCAUGUGGACUACAGCCUGCGCUGUGAGCAGGACCCCGAGAAGAAGGCGUUCAUCGUGCAGAAUGCCACCUUCCUCCACGACACCGUGCUGCCCGUGGUGGAGCGGAGAUUCGAGGAGGGUGUGGGGAAGCCGGCCAAACAGCUGCAGGACCUGAGGAAGAGCACCAGGCCGGUUAGGAUCAACCCAGAGAGCACCACGUCUCUGGUCUGAUUAUGAACCUCUGAGGCUUGAGGAAAGACUGCUGUACAGGAGGGUGGACAUAAUCACACACAAGCGUCCUUUCAUUUAUAUUUCUACAUUUCAACUCCCAUUUAGAGAUAAAGGAUUAAAAAAAAUGACAGGAUUCAAACAGAAAGCUGAAAAUUAGUAUGACCAGAAAGAUACAUUGCAUCUACAUUUAUAAAAACCUACACUUAAUAUCCAUUAAUAUUAACUAAUAUUGAUUAACAAUGAUUAGAAGCUAGUUUUGCUUCCAGGAAUUCACAUUAAAAUAUCAAAUAUUUGAUGGUGAGAUAUAAACAUAUCCACAUUUUCACACUAUGACAGGUGUAAUAAUCAGCAAGAAGAGCACUGUUUGCUCAAAUUUGUGUAAUUGUGCAACAAAAGAGACAUUUCAGAUAUUUAAUGUUUACUUUUGUGAGCAUUUGAUCCUGUUUCUUUUGAAAAUUCUCCCAAAAAUGUGUAUGACAUUGAAAUACAUGUGAAAUCAGCACAUGAUAGCAUUCUGUUCUGCUGAUUUUGGAAGCAAUAUUUGUUUGAUUCAAGCUCAGACAUAUUUUAUUUGACUCCAAAGCACCAUAUUUAGACACUAACUAGUAUUCCUCCAUACUGGAACUCAUUUAAAGGGAUGACUGAAAGCUAAUGCACUUGUUAAUGUUUGCUGUUGUUAUAGUCAGAGUUUGUGUUUCAGAUAAACACAUGAAAUUUAAUAAAGAUUAUUGUGCACCAGAGAAACCUUUGAUUUUAUUUAAUUUAGUAUAUUAUUUCUUUGAUCAUUAACACCAAAUGAAAUGGGUAUUAAUUCGUUUUAUGUUCCUGUAAAGCACUUAAGAUUGCACUGUGUCUAAAAGCGCUAUAUAAACAGAGAAAUGUGGCACACUGGAUGAUAGAACACCAGCUUUGGGACAGAUAUGAGUUCAUCUUCCUCUCUGGAAGCUGAAAAUAAAUUCCAAGCUCAACAAAAAUGACUGAUCAUCAGUGUAUCCUAAUCUCUAGAAAAUUGUAAUGGCAAUAAGACAUUUUGAAAAGAUGUUAUUCUUGUUCUUAUGGAAGUGAAAGUGGUUACAUUUUUACAGAACACAAAAUCCAUCCCAUAAUUUUUACAAUGAAUUAAGAAAAACAUUAGAUGCUUACUCUUCAAUGAUUUCUAAAUCUCUGUAGAUACAAUGUCAAAUCAUGCCAAACUACAGUGUGCACAGUAUUUAUUGAACAAGGACUCAUGGAAAUGCCGCCCUCUUGUGGAGACCUGCCAGAAUCAUAAAUAAUUAAUUCCUAAGGGGAAACCUCAAUGAUUACACAGUGAUGAUACUUGGGGUUUGGGACUGCAGGGCUGUCGGUUCAAGACUUGAGAGGAGCUUGUUCGCUUCUUUAGCACUGCUGAGUUGCCCUUGAGCAAGGCACUGUUCCCUUCGCUGUUCGAGGGCUCUAUUACUCUGAAAUCUCCAUCACUGCGUAUCCACACAAUCAUGUAAACACUGAAUUUCCCCUCAGGGAUG